GAUAUCAAUGAUAUUCUCUUUCAACUUUAAUUCACAGGUAUACCAGGUGAUUUUUCUGAAUUGAAUCAGUCGAAAAACUCAUGGAAAAAUGUUACGAUAAAAAAUUUAUGGUUUCGAAGGGGAAAUCCACUUAUGCUUUAAUUUCCUUCAUUUCUCUCACCCUUGAGGGGGGGGAAGAGGGGCAAACUUUAAUAUAACAUGCGCAGUACAAUUUUUGAAACAAAACAAUCCUACUUUCUCUUAAUGAGAAAUAAAUGGAUAUACAUUCUCCAUAAUGGUUAGAAAUUCAGUGUUGUUUGUAAUCUUGCCCUGACUAGUGUUGUUAUUUAUAUAUUUGUUGAAUCUUCUUUGUGCUUGAGACAAUGUCGUUUAAUAACCAGAGUUCCGACAUGAUCCCAAUACAAGUUGAAUAUGCAGAAUAUAAACGGAAGAAAGAAUAUUUGAAGAGAAUAGUGAGACUCACGACAUCAAAGAUGCAGGAUGACGAAAGUGAUGUGGAGAGCGGCUCAAUGAGCUACAGAAUCCAUUACAAAAUCUACAUAGAGGCUCUGGAGCAAUUAUUAGGCAAGGAAGUAGUUGAGAGAAAAAUAAAAGAUAAGGAGGAAAGAGAAAAGAGAGAGAAAGAAGAAAAGAAAAUUGAAGAAAGAACCUGGACCGAAAAGUUAGCAAUUUUCAAAGCUAUGAACAGAGCUUCUUGCUAUAAGCAACUCUUGGAUCAAGUAAUUAUCGGACAAGAAAGUAUAAAAGAUGCAAAUUUGUUAAUGGCGAACCUCUGUAGCCAGGACAAACAAAGAAAUACACAUAGACAUUUAGAAUUCACUCCUACUGUACCAAAAAGGGCUUUGUAAACUGAUGGUUGUUAAAAUAUGAAUAGAUAGAACCAAAUAUGUUGAAUCAAAAAAUAUACCAAAGAAAUAUUAAAAACAAUUUCUCAUUCUGGAGUUUUAGCAUUUAUUUUCAAUACUCCAUUAAAUUUAUCAGAAAAAAUUAUAGGGUUCUAAUUCAAAUUAUUA